AUUAUCAAAACAAAACAAAAAGAAAAUUCAAGAUAUUUUAAAUCGAAGUAAAAAAAAUACGAUGGAACGCUACAGAAGAGAACGUUCGCCUCACAGGGAAAGGCGAAGGGAUCAUUCGUCCUAUAGAGAAAGAAGAAGGGAACGCUCUCCUCACAGAGAUAAAAGAAGGGAACAGAGAAAUGUUCUGACCUACAAGAAGCUGCAGAAAAUGCCGGUAAAUCUUCGAAAGCAGGCUGUUCGAGAAGCCCGGAACCGGAAUGAGAAAAUCCAGGGAAAGCGGAGGGAGCGCCGAAAGAAGCCUGAUAAUGUGACCUCAGCCCGCCGCGUUCGCAACAACUUCGAUCGUUCCGAACACAAUGCAAUGUUGGCCAGCACUUCAAAGGAACUGCGACGCAUCCUCCAGGAGUUCGAGACCCUCUCGGACAUUCCCCAUGAUAUUACACCCAUAGAGCUUCAGGGGGAGAUAGCCAUCGCCGAGGGAAAUGCCACAACGAUCCACGUGCAGCGGGAUGGACUCAGCACCCUCACCGUAGUGCUCCACCAGCGCGAGCCGACGAUUGCACAGCUGAAGAGGGCAAUUGCUUUGAUCUCGCGCGCCCAGCACAAGCGCAGGCAACGCGAACGCUACGAAGAGCGUCUUCGGCGUCGGGGAAUCGGCGACGACGACUCCGACGAUCGUCGGCAGAAGCAACCAGUUGCGGUGGCCUGCUCCACCGGCGAGUUAGUUCACUCCGCUCAGCGCAACGGGCAUGAUCAUCGCGCGUUCGUCUCGUGGCGAUUUCUAUGGCGCUGUUUCGGACUUCUCAACGUGGACACCAAUCAGCCGAUUGACGACCGACGCUCCGGUGGCAGGGCCACUUUGAAAGAGCUGGGCAUUGAGAACGCCGCCACCCUGAAGUUUGUCCAUCGCGUCAAGUAUUUCGGGCGCCAGCGACAGAGUUAAUGAAAUCGAAAAUCAAUGAUAGAGCCUCUAACGAUUGUCAACCAUCCGAUUCGAAAGUCGGACACUAAAUCGCGGUCAAUAUGGAUCAA